AUGGACGACUACGAAUACGGACGAAGUCCGCCUAGGGGGGACAUCACUCCGGCCACGCGGCCAUCGGGCAGAGACAGGGACGACUACCGCCCGUCUGACCCGUACCGCGAGAAUAGACGUCGCUCUCCAGGUGUGGAAACACGACGAUCUCAUCGCGAUACCCCGCGGCUGACAGAUACAGACCGCCGACGAGGAGGCCCAGAUCGUGACCGGCGGCGCUCACGCUCACCCGCUCAGAUCGACCGCUAUCAGCCCGACCGCGUCCGCGAUGACUACGCAUAUGCUCCACGAGGCCGCGAUGAGCCACACCAACGACGGAGAUCUUCUCCACAGACUAUCGAUCGCUACGUGCCCGGUCCCGAACCCGCGGCUGUCCUUGUCAACCCAAUGCCUGACCCGAUGAACCUUGACUUCCAGGUCGGCUUUACUUGGUUCGCGGAAUGGUGGCGCACCGAGCAGCGUAUUAAGGAGGAAAGGGAGCGCGUCAAAAGCGGCCGUCCGACUCGCUUGAGAGGGGAACGGGAGUCGAGAGAGGAUCGUGAAGCAGAGAGACCAAAGAUCCAGGCGGCAUAUGAUCAGUACAAGGAGAAUUUGCAGAAGAAACAGGCGCAAACAUUUGUUCGGCUGCACAAGAACGAAGACUGGUUUCGAGAACGUUACGAUCCCGAGGUCCGUGAUGCUAUGCGACGCAAGCUGAUGGAAUUCCGGAAGCGUCUCUUCUCUCAAUGGGAGCACGACUUGUCCUCUGGCGUCUUCGACGAGUUCACGUUGGAGGGCAUUUACAAGUCCGAGUCCAAUGGUCUUGGCGGCAUCGUCGAGCGCGAGGAAGGCGAGACUUCAGCUGCUGCGGAGGUUCUCGGUGUAGGCGAUCUACUGCCUUCCAAAGGAGGUGACCUUCGCGAUCCUGCGUCGCUCCAGCCGACGCUUCUCAUCAAAACCAUCGCACCUACAGUCACGCGCGACAAAUUUGAGGCCUUUGCCAAAGAGCAUCUUGGUGAAGACGAAGGUGGCUUUCAGCAUCUCUCUCUUUCAGACCCAAAUCCGCUUAAGAAGUGCCACCGGAUGGGCUGGAUCAUGCUUAAUCCUGAGCCAGAGCAAGAAGAACCUGAGCCACCUGCGCCUCGCGGUGAAGAUGGCGAAGAAGGACAAGAGAUCGAGAGCAAGAAGUUGCCGAGCGGCUUGACCAGUGUGAGCGAGAGAGCUCUAGAGAACAUCAACGGCAAGACCAUCGAAGAUCCCGAGCGUGGCAAUUUUACUGUGCACUGCGGCGUUCACCGGCCACCAGAUGCUCCAAGGAAGAAAGCUCUCUGGGACUUGUUCUCUGCUCCAGAACGCAUUGUCCGUGAUCUCGAGCUGGCCACGCGACUGGUUCGCAGACUCGAUAACGAGCUUGGAGACGAGUAUUUCGGAGUUGCCAAGAUCGAAGAGCGGGUGCACGACCUGUCCGAGAGAGGCGAACUGAAGCCAGUAGACUCAUCAAAGCCUGCAAAGGACGUAGAUGCCAUGGAUGCUGAUGCCGAAGAAGGCGAAGAGGAGGAAGGGAUGGUCGACGAGGAUGAGACUGAUGAUGAAGAACUUCUCCUCAAGAAGAAGAAACUUGAUCUACUCGUGGAGUACCUGCGGAGAGUGUACAACUUCUGCUUUUUCUGCGUUUUUGAAUCCGACUCUGUUCAUGAGCUGCAACGCAAAUGUCCUGGCGGACAUCUACGCCGUCCUCGCGCCAGUCUCACAUCUGCCGCCAAGGAGACCGCACGUGCCAGUGCGUCGGGUGAGGCUUUUCCACAUCGCAAGAAGAACGAAUCCAAGAACGAGGGAGAAGAGGAGGAGGACGCAAUGAUGAAGGAGGAAAGCCCCGUCGAGGAAAGAAAGCCUCUGAUGAAGCCGAGCAGCAAGACCACACAGCAGCUACAACGCGCCUUCAACUGGGUCAAGACAUUUGAAGAGAAGAUUCUUCAGAUCUUAGAACCAGACAACGUCAACAUUCGCAAGCUGGGCGGUAUGCCGUUGGAAGAAGGCAUCGAAAAGGAGCUUAAUAAGGUAUGUUCGGCGAUUGUAUGCUUUCAAGUGCACAAACUGACUCUGCGGCGUACCAGUUUGUCUCACAGGAAGAUGUCAACAAAUUCCGCUGCAAGGUCCCAGAAUGCACAAAGCUGUUCAAAGGCGUCGACUUCUGGCGCAAGCAUGUGGAAAAGCGUCAUGUCGACUGGUAUGAGCGCAUCCGGUCCGAAUUGGAGCUGGUCAACAGGUACGUGCUCGAUCCAGCACACAUUGCUCCUAGCAGGAGCGACGCGAACUCGAACGGGCAUUUCCCUCUGAACAACCAUGCACCUACCGGAACUCCACGUGGAUUCCAGCUGAAUCAAGCCUUCCCAAUGGGCUUCAAUCCGAUGGCGGCUGGAAUGCCUCCUGCGCAAGCUGCAGGUAUGACUGCCAUGUUCAGUCAGGGUCAGCCUGUUGGCGUACCGGGUAUGUGGGCAAAUCCAGCCAUGAGCGGUGUCGGCCCGAUGCGCAGCAAUGGUAGAAACUUCGCUAUGAACGGGGGAUACCGCAUGCCUGGACCUUAUGCACGCACUGGCAGAGGACGGAUGCCUUCAAUGAGCGGUGGUCGACCUGGCAUGGGAGCUUUUGAAGGCGGAAUCGCCACUAUGGGACCCACUGAGGCGGUCGCCGGUCGCAGUCUGCGCAGCUACGAAGAUUUGGAUGCCGAUAAAGGAGAAGGUACUGGAGAGUUGAACUAUUGA